CCAUUCUCAGCCCUCCAUCGAUAUCAAUUCAAGUUACUAUGGUGAUGAUGUUAAAUUUGAAAUAAUUGGCACUCUUGUUCGCGAAACUCUACUAAAAGGACAAGAAAUAAAGCGAUAUAUUAGCAAUUCUGCAUAUGAAUUUUCCAGAAGCGCAUGUGAUCUAGAGACUGCAAAUAAUAGGAAGGACCCAGAAAAAUCUUUUAAGGAUCAAGCAAAUGAAACAUUUUACGAGGACAAAUCUGUUCUAGAGAAAAUGUUUUUCGAUAAUGAAACAUAUAUAAAGUCCAGUACCCCAGUAGACAUGAGUAUGCCUAAUGAUACUUAUACAAUUAAUUCAAAUACUCAAACACCACCGCAACAAUAUUGUUUGCGGUGGAAUAAUUUUCAUACAAAUUUAACUAGAACUUUUAGUGAAUUGUUUGUUACGCAAAGUUUUGUUGAUGUCACCCUCACUUGUUCUAAAUCAAAAAGUUUAAAAGCCCAUAAACUUGUCCUUUCUGCAAGUAGUCCAUAUUUUUAUGAAUUAUUUCUUAAAAACAAUUGUGAACAUGUUCUUAUUAUUAUAAACGAUGUAGAAUUUAAUGAAUUAACCAAAAUUAUUGAAUUUAUGUAUAAAGGUGAAAUAAAUAUAGUGCAAGAAGAAAUUGAACCUUUGUUAAAGGUAGCGCAAUUACUAAAAGUUAGGGGCUUGGCGGAUUUGGGACAUGAUGAUAGAUGUUUUGAUAGCCGCCAAAAAAAUAUAGAAAAUUUGAAGGAGUUUAACACUAAAAAAUUCUUGGGUGCAAUAUCACAAAGUGAUGAAAUUACAUGUCGUUGGUUGAAAAGUAACGAUCUGUUGGAACACCUAAAAAUAAAAGACAGUGUAGCCAUUUCUGAUAAUGAAAGCGAUAGUGAUCAGACUGAGGAACUUAUUCGAAAAAAGAAGUUUUUAAUCGAGAAUCAAUUAGACGAUAGUGAAAUAAGUAUAGAAAGUAAUAUUCCAAUUAAACAAAGAAAAAGAAAUUACGACUUGAAAUUUGAUAAAAUGAAUGUGAUAGAAAUGCCAGAUAAAUUUGUUGAAACGAAUAGUGAGAAGAUGUGUGGUAAAUUAGGUAUAGAUUCGGAAUUAUUUGUUAAUGAUAAGUUUUUAAAUUGUGUAAACCCACCACCUACAAUAAGAGCCUUACUAAAUAGCUCACCAUCCGCCAUAAUGGAUGGUUCAAUAGCAACAUUAAGUGAAAGUGCAAAAUUUGAGGCGGAAAAAAUGGUUGGAGCAUCUAUAGGAAACGACAGCAUUGUCGAAAAGUUAGAUGAUCUGGAAAUAAAACCUGGCAUAGCAGAAAUGAUUAGAGAAGAAGAAAGGGCCAAACUGCUGGAAAGCUCCCAAGCUUGGCUGGGUGCAUCUACUUCGUCCAUAGCUGAUAGUUAUCAGUAUCAACUACAAUCAUUAUGGCAAAAAUGUUGGAAUACCAAUCAGCAAUCUCUACUUCAUAAUUUAAGAUUUAGAGAACGAGGUCCAUUAAAGUCUUGGCGUCCUGAAACAAUGGCUGAGGCCAUUUUCAGUGUACUAAAACAAGGACUAAGUUUAUCCCAAGCUGCACGAAAGUAUGAUAUUCCAUAUCCAACAUUUGUCCUGUACGCGAAUCGGGUGCAUAAUAUGUUAGGACCAUCUGCAGAUGGAGGCAAUGAUUUGAGGCCAAAAGGUCGCGGAAGACCACAACGUAUAUUAUUAGGGGUUUGGCCUGAUGAGCACAUUCGAGGAGUAAUCAGGACUGUUGUAUUCAGAGAUAAUACUCAUUCUACAGAUAGACAAUUAUUAAAUAAUGAAAGAUUUCAAGGCAACGACAAGAUUGCACUGGUUGACGAAGAAUCAUCAGUUCUACAAGUUAGAGAUGAAGCAGAUUUGUUAUGUUUAAAUAAUCAAAAUUUGUCAAAUUCAACAAAAACCGAACUAUUUCCCAACGACAACUCAUCAUAUCAUAAAGAUGUUUCUGAAUACAAAGAUCAAUUGCACAAAUAUUGUACUUUAAAUAAAAUAAUGUUAACUCCACAAGCGAGUACUUUGGAUCCUACGUUAUGGGUAACUAUAGCGCAACGGCAACGAUAUAUGUCAGAAGCUGAAGUGCAUCAUUCCAGUCUCUUGGUGAGAUCAGGUAUGUGCUUGGCUGAAUCUCCAACAACAGGUGAUGUUUACGUGGCGCCUACGGAGUCACGUGACAGUCCAUCACCAGCAGCUUUUGACUUAAGCGGGACAUAUUCUUUACCAGUUCCUUAUAAUUAUGGAAAUAAAUUUCCUCCAACAGUCGCUGAAUUGGGACCAGGUAGUUCAUUUGUACAAAAGGAGAGACAUCCAGCAGAUUUACCUGAAACUGUUCGAUGCCAAACAAAUGUAUCCUUACCCAACAUCGCAGAAACAUCAGAAAUUAAGGAUACUAAUUCACUAAAAUUAUCGCCAUAAGUAAUAAA